AUGGCAGGUGUUGAUGAUGCGGUGCAUGUGGCCGAAGUUAUUGAACGUGCUGCGGAAAUUUCCAUUGACAGUGAGGAGGAGUGUUUCGCACCUGUGGAGGAAGGGGUAGCGGAUGGUUCCGAAGCACCGAUGCAAACUUGGACUGUGGUGGGCAGGUUUCUCACAGCAAAGAUGAUUAAGUUGGAAUAUAUGAGACAGGUCUUGGCUUCAGUCUGGCAACCGGUGAUGGGGGUUAUGGUAACGGAGAUACAUAAAGGCUUGUUCUUAUUUGUUUUCUUUCAUAAAACAGAUGUUGAUUAUGUUCUGGAUGGAGGGCCCUGGGCGUUUGAAAACAACACUUUGGUGUGUCGUUUGGUUGGGGAUGGGGUGUUACCGGUUGAUGUUGCGUUGAAUACGGUGGAUAUGUGGGUGCAGCUACAUGAUAUUCCCAUGGGUUAUACGUCACAACCAAUACUCGAGCAGAUGGGAAAUUUUAUUGGAACCUUUGUUAAACAUGAUGAGAGGUUUGCAGGGGCACCUUGGCUUGCGUUUUACCGAAUUCGUGUCUCGAUUCCGGUAGACAAACCAUUGCGAAGAGGAAUGAAGAUGUUGAAGCGUGAUAAGACCACAUGUUGGGUAAAUUUUAGGUAUGAACGUUUGCACUCCUUUUGUUUCUUUUGUGGACUAAUGGGGCAUACGUAUAAAUUCUGCGUCAAAGCCCGGGUUUCAACAGCUCCAGUGCAUUUGUACCCAUACGGUGCGGAUAUGAGGGUAGGUGGCAACCGUGGGCCGAGGGAAGUGGGGGACAGCUGGUUGGUUCCGGUGGGGAGUAGGCCGAGAGUGGUGGAAGGAGUGCGGGUUGAGGGUGAACAAAGGGGUGGUGAGGUGAGGGAGGAUGGGGCAAGGGUGGUUGCGGCUGGAGUGAGAGGGGCUGAUUCGGCAGUGGUGGCAAUUUCAAAAAGAAGGAGGGAAGGGGGUCAUGAGGGGGAAGUGCGUGGGAGCGGGGAGGAUGUUACCAUGGCAGACGUGUCAAAAAACUCGUACAUGGCGGGAGCUGCAGUGCAGUUCCGCCCAUCAUCAUGA